AUGGCUGAGAACACUACCACUCACGCACGAGGCUCGAGCGGCCAAAAUGCUGACAGCGAACUCUUCGUCAUCAUCGAAGAAGAUGAAUUCAUGUCCGAGGAGCAUUCACACACCCAACAAGAAACAGCGUCAUUGGACUCGACGGAGGAAGUCACCGCUGAAGAGGCCAAUGCUGCAGCAAGGCAAGCUAUUGAUGAUGAGUACGCACGUGUCGUUGCUAUCGCAGCCGCUCGGGGGUCCGAUCAUUCAGCUUUGUCAGUGUUGAAAGACGUUACGCUCAAGACGGCCAAACAUAUUGGCAAGUGGCUGCACCCUUCCAGGAUCCCGAGCCCGGAGGAGGCUCGGUGUCCUUGCUUCAAUGACCCGACUGACGGUUUCUAUGCUUGCGAAAUCCAGGAGCACGUCGCCGCUGGCUUCAAGAGACUGCGCGAAAAGAACAAGCGGAACAACUGA